UUCUGCUUCCCCUCUGUGUGCUAUGGGUGCUGAGCCUGCCGGGUGCAGGGGUUGGCAGGAGAUGUUUUUGCUCACCGUUCCCAUAAACAAAGGGAAAUUACGAAUUUACCCCCUGACAGCUCCGGGAGCAGCUCAGCUCGUGCCUGAUGGAUGCCAACGGGUCGUGCUGCGGUGCCCCAUGGCCUUGGUGGGAUGGAGAGAGCUGUGUGGGAGCAUGGGCACGGGGCUGGGUGGGUGCAUGGGUGAUGGGGGUGCACGCGUCCCCAGUGCAGAGCUAUGUGGGGCUGCAGGGAUGUGCACUGCCCGUCAUCCCGUGGGGCUCAGCAGCUCAGCACCAUACGACCUCAAGUCAUAGGGGUGGGAGGUGACGUGCCAAACCUGGCUGUCCCCAUCCCUGGACUGUGCUCUGGAUGAGCUGCACGCCAUGGUUUUGGUGGCGGUGUGUCCUGCGAGCAUUGCUCUGUGCUGCACUGCUGCCUGGGGGGUUCUGCUGUUCCCCCUCCCCACUGUGCCCCGUCCCCAUGGUGAGCGCUGUGCCGUGCUGUGAAGGUGCUGGAGCUCAGUGCAGAGCCGUGCUGCAGUGCUGGCCACGCUUGCAGCCUCAGGUUUUUAAUUAAAGCUGCCAGCUUGGACGCGGUUUUCCAGCGUUGUGGCUGGGCUGUGGGCGCAGCCGUGCAGUGGGGCUCUGUUGUUGUGUUUUGGGGGUUGUUUGGGGGAUGCGGGCUGUGAUGCUGUGUGGUGCUCUGCCUCUCCUCCUGCUUAAUCUGUGCUGGGGCAUGUGGGUGGUUUAUUUGUUGUUUCUGUCAUCCUGAGGUGUUGGGUGGCUCUGGGUACCAUCCCAGGCACCCCUGUAGAUCCAGGCCUCGGCAACAGCCCCCAAAAGCACCCAGCAGGGGUUCGGUUCCCUUUAUUGCAAUGGGAUGGAGAGGGAGAAGGAUCGUCUGGAGUGGAGGAGACUCCCAGUGGGGCUGGAUUGUGCUAAUGGGAUUUUACUCCCUAUUUAAUUACAAUUUUGUCAAAUUGAAGGAAAAAAAAAGAUCCUCGUCUCUGCAUGCAGCUCCCAGGAGCGGCAGCCCUUAAUUACGCAGCAGGUGGCAGCCGCCACCGGUCCCCAAAGGGGGUCCCAGCCCCAUAGUGGGACUCAGGGUCUGCCUGUCUCCACUCUGUCCCAGUUCCUCCCAGUAUGGCAUAGAGGCCCUGGGCUGACACUGUGGCUGACAGCGGCCGUGGAUGCAGCGCGCUGAUGCGCCGUGGCUAAUCCUUGGCUCUUCCCUGUGUAAUCCUGCCCACGGGGAUAAUCCCAUCAAACCCAGCAGAGGAGCUCAGGGCUGGAUGCGCCCGUAUCGCCUGUAGCACCUCGUUUGGGUGCCGAAUGGAUCCUGGGGUGAUGGUGGUUCCUGAGGGAGCAGCUGAGACCGGUUGGUUAUGGCAGCGUCGGGGCAGUGCAGAGCAGGGAGUGACCAUUGAGCUUGGAUGGGGAAACUGAGGCACAGAGCAGCAGCACUGAGUGAUACGGGGUUGGUGCCACCCAACUGCGGUGCCAAACGCAGCACUGAGGGAAGGGGAGUGCUCUGGGGGGGGGCACUGGGUGCUGUUCCCACAGUGAGCACCCACCUCCCCGGUGAGGUCGGAUCCAGCUCAGGUUCGGGUGGUGGGACGGAGCUCUGCCCCAUUUGUCACCUCCCACCAGGGGUCCGAAGGUGAUGGGGAAGGCCAGGAUGGGAAUCGUCCCCAUGCAGUGUGGGCCAGUCCUGUCCCUGCAGCAGGUAGAGAGUGCUGCGCUGCAAAUAACCCAGCAGCUGCCCGGCACCUGCUGUGCCAUACCCUUCAUUUCACCUUUUGGAGUUAUCUCAGUGGUGUGAGGUCAGUGCUGUGAAUAGCCCCAUGGCUGCUGGUGGUUGAGGGCCGUCCCACAGAACUGAGCCAGGAUCCCGAGGUGCUUGGGGUUGGGGUGGAGGGGUGGGAGGGGAUGCAUCCGAUUCACUGCAGCCCCCCCCUCCCAGGAACGAUGCUCGUUUCAGAGCCAUUGGUCAGAGCAUGCAGACACACAUAGGAGCACUGCAUGGCCCCCUGUAGCUUGCACACACAUGCAUGCACACACACAAGCAUACAUGCAUACAUGUACCUGCACAUGCACGUGCAUGCAGCCACAUACAUGCACACGCCUGUGCACAUGCAUGCACACAUGCCUGCAAGCACCCUGCUCAUGCAUGUAAGACGCACGUAUGCCUGCAUGCAGCUGCACACACGUGCAUGUUUGCACACAACACGCACUUGCAUGUGCAUGCGUGCCCAUACCUGUGUGCACAUGCACCCACACACCCACAUACACCAUUUUUGCAUCCCCCUGCUUGCCCAGCACCCAGCACACCACCCACAACCGUGCACACACAGCAGCCCUGUGUGCAAACACCCCCCCCCCCCACUGCUGUGCGCACGGCUCCUCCUGCCCAUCACACACACACUGACUCCUGCAUGCAAGCAGCAGCCUGGUGUGCACACACACCAGUGCUCACACCCCAACACCUGCACACACACACACACACACUCGUGUGACAGGAGUGCACAUGCCAACACCUGCACAGACCCCACACCACCUCCCCAGCCCUUUGAAAGCCCCUCAAAGCUCCCUCUGCUUUUGAACUGUUCCUCCCCCGGAAGCACGAAUCAAUACUCUUCACCCCCCCCCCUCCCCUUCUCUGCUCACUCCUGGGCCCUUAGCAACACAUCUGCCUCCAAGUGCACAUCUGCUCUGCGUUGGGGAGGGGACAGAGACCCCAUAUCCCAAGGUGGGGGCUGGGGGCUCUGUCCCCUCCCAGCUAGGAGCAUUGCAGCAUGGCUCAUGCAGCCCCCCCCUGCCCACCCGUUGGGUGAUGGCACCGAUAGAGCUGUCCUCACAUCUGGCUUUAGGGUGGGGAGCUCUUCUCCUUUCCCCCAUCCCCACCCACCAUGACAGCAGAACAAGGAGCUAUUUCGGGGUGGUGAGGAAGCACCUGACCUUCCGGCGUGUGCACAGGCAGGGGCACAGUGUGCAAACAAUGGUCCUUUGUUCCCCACCAGCAGCAUCCUGCAGCCCCCAGCCCGACCGCGGCGCAUCCCACAUCAUGGGGAUGGGGUUGUCCUGGUGCGUGCAGGGGGGACUCAGUCACAUGGAGUGGGUCAGGGCUACCCGUGGUGGCUCCCAGCUCUCUCCCCUCCUUGGCUGCCAUCCGGUGGUUCAUUCAGCUGGUGGAGAUGGUGAUGGGAAAUGCAAAGUGGGAUGGAGCCAGGUCAUAGCAGCAAGCCUGCAGCCUGCCAGGAGGAGGAGGAAGGAGAGGAGGUGGUGGCCAUGUGAAGGCUGAGCUUGCACAGCGCUGCCCACACCUUGGUUGCAGCAGGUGCAUGCAUCCCUCCUGAGGAGCUGAGUGGAACUGUGCUGUGCUGAGAUGUGCUGUGCAAUUCUGAGCGGUGCUGAGGUGUGCUGUGCCAUUCUGUGCCAUGUUGUGCCAUCCUGAGCUGUGCUGUGCCUUCCUGCACUGUGCCAUUCCCACCUGUGCUGAGCUGAGCUGUGCCAUUCUAUGCCAUGUUGUGCCAUUCUGAGCUGAGCUGUGCCAAUUCUGAGCUGUGCUGUGCCAUUCUGAGCUGUGCUGUGCCAUUCUGAGCUGUGCUGUGCCAUCCUGCGCUGUGCCAUUCCCACCUGUGCUGAGCUGUGCCAUGCCAUUCUAUGCCAUGUUGUGCCAUUCUGCACUGAGCCGUGCCGUUCUGAGCUGUGCUGAGGUGUGCUGUGCCAAUUCUGAACUGUGCUGUGCCAUUCUAUGCCAUGCUGUGCCACUCUGAGCUGUGCUGUGCCAUUCUGAGCUGUGCUGAGCUGUGCUGUGCCAUUCUGUGCCAUGUUGUGCCACUCUGAGCUGUGCUGUGCCAUUCUGAGCUGUGCUGAGCUGUGCUGUGCCAAUUCUGAACUGUGCUGUGCCAUUCUAUGCCAUGCUGUGCCAUACUGUGCCAAGCUGAGCUGUGUCAUGCCGAGCUGUGCCAUGCCAUUCUGUGCUGAACCGUGCCAUUCUGAACUGUGCUGAGCUGUGCUGUGCCAUGUGGAGCCACGCUGGCCUGAACCAUGCCAUUCUGAGCUGAGCCACAUCAUUCUGAGCUCAACCACGCCAUUCUGAGCCACUCAGAGCUGUGCAAAGCUGUGUCAGGCCAUGCCACGCCAUUCUGAGCCAUGCAGUGCCAUUCCAUGCCAUGCCUCAGGGCAGGGAGGUGAGGAUGGGGGUUGUGAAAUGAAGACCCACGUGAGGCCCUGGGGGCCACCAGCACCACAAGAGGACUGUGUGUAUGGGCACUGUGGUCCUUUUGCCCUCUCUCCCCAUGCUGACCCCGGCACACAGCGGAUAUUUCAUCUUAUUUGACUAUAAAUCAGUUUGUUGAAGCCUAGACAUUUCAAAUCAAGGCUCUGGUGCCUGAGCUUGGAGCAAUUAAAGGUAACGUUUUCCCAAGCAGAGCAAAGCAGCCAAGCGCAUCCCGGCACGGCGGAGAUGCGGGGGAGACUAAAGAGGAAAUAAAAACAACAACAACAACAAAUAAACUUUUAUUAAGGCUUAAAAAAAAAACCCAACCUGAGACGGCGGAUGGACUGAGCUGCUCUCCUCCCCACCGCCUCCUCCUGUCCUGCUGGGACCUGCAGGUGCUGUGGGUGCCUGCCUGCACCAGGGGAGACAAUGUGGCCCCCCCUCGUCCUGCUGCUCCUGCUCACAGCGGAGAGGACGGCUCACAGCACCUUCCCCGAGGAGCCCAGCCCCAUCGCCGUGGCAAACGAGGACUAUGUGAAGCACUACUCUGUGUUCGUGGGCCAUGGCAGCAGCCGACCUGGCGGCCCUGAGGGUGGUGGCACCGAACGCCUCAACAUCCAACGUAUCCUCAAGGUCAACAGGACCCUCUUCGUUGGAGACAGGGACAACGUCUACCGUGUGAGCCUGGAGCCCACUGCUGGCAGUGAGAUGCGCUAUCACCGGAAGCUGACUUGGAGGUCAAACCAACACGACAUCAGCAUCUGCCGGAUGAAGGGGAAGCACGAGGCAGAGUGCCGAAACUUCAUCAAGGUGAUGCUGGUACGGAACCAGAACCUGCUCUUCGUGUGUGGCACCAAUGCCUUCAACCCCAUCUGUGCCAACUACAGUAUGGACACUCUGGAGCCCGUUGGGGACAAUAUCAGCGGCAUGGCGCGGUGUCCCUACGACCCCAAGCACGCCAACGUGGCACUGUUCACAGGGGGGAUGCUCUUCACAGCCACAGUGACAGAUUUCCUGGCCAUCGACGCCGUCAUCUAUCGCAGCCUGGGUGACAGCCCGACCCUGCGCACGGUUAAACACGACUCCAAGUGGUUCAAAGAGCCCUACUUUGUGCACGCGGUGGAGUGGAGGAGCCACGUCUACUUCUUCUUCCGGGAGAUCGCUAUGGAGUUCAACUACCUGGAGAAGGUGGUGGUAUCCCGAGUGGCUCGGGUGUGCAAGAACGACAUGGGGGGAUCACAGAGGGUGCUGGAGAAGCAGUGGACAUCCUUCCUCAAGGCUCGGCUCAACUGCUCCGUGCCGGGUGAUUCACACUUCUACUUCAAUGUCAUCCAUGCUGUGACCGAUAUCCUGGAGCUCAAUGGGCGCCCCGUGGUGCUCGCCGUCUUCUCUACACCCACCAACAGCAUCCCCGGCUCGGCUGUGUGUGCCUUUGACAUGACCCAAGUGGCUGCUGUCUUCGAGGGGCGUUUCAGAGAGCAGAAAUCGCCAGAGUCCAUCUGGACAGCUGUACCUGAGGACAUGGUGCCAAAGCCCCGACCCGGGUGCUGUGCGGCCCCGGGGAUGCGCUACAACUCCUCCAGCACCUUCCCCGAUGAGAUCCUCACCUUUGUGAAGACGCAUCCUCUGAUGGAUGAAGCGGUGCCGUCCCUGGGCAACGCGCCCUGGAUUGUCCGCACCAUGAGUCGGUACCAGCUCCGCAAGAUUGUGGUGGACAACGCAGCAGGACCAUGGGGCAACCACACCGUGGUCUUCCUGGGCUCCAGCACAGGCACCAUCCUCAAGUUUCUCAUCCAUCCUAAUGCCACCAGCAGCCCGGCACCUGCACCCCCCGGCAGCCAAAGCGUCUUCCUGGAGGAGUUUGAGACCUACCAGCCUGGGAGAUGUGGCCGGGACACAGAGGAUGAGCGGAGACUCCUGGGCCUGGAGCUGGACAAGUCAGCUGGGUCCCUGCUGCUGGCCUUCCCCCCCUGUGUGGCCAGGGUGCCCGUGGCUCGCUGCCAGCAGCACUCAGGCUGCAUGAAGAGCUGCCUUGGGAGCCGGGACCCGUACUGUGGCUGGACACCUGAGGGCUCCUGUGUCUUUCUGGAGCCCAGCCCCAGGACAUCUUUCGAGCAGGACAUCUCUGGUGGCAGCACAUCGCAUCUGGGCGAGUGCGAGGGGCUGGUGACAGAGAGCUUCGUGGACGAGCCGGACGGGCUGGUAUCGGUGAACCUGCUGGUCAUCUCCUCGGUGGCCGCCUUCGUCAUCGGCGCCGUUAUCUCCGGCUUCAGCGUGUGUUGGUUCAUCGGCCACCGGGAUCGCAAGGAGCUGGCGAGGCGCAAGGACAAGGAGACCAUCCUGGCACACAGCGAGUCGGUGGUGAGCGUCAGCCGGUUGGGAGAGCGGCGAGCGCGUGGCGGGCAGCCCGGAGCGCUGCUGGCCCCGCUGAUGCCCAACGGCUGGCCCAAGGAGCUGGGCAAGGCGAGCCAACACGACCUGGACUCGGGCGUCCUGCCUACACCGGAGCAAACCCCGCUGCAGCAGAAGCGUUGCCCCGGUGCCCUCCAGAACUGCACCUGGGAGCAGAGUCACAACAUCAUCAACGCCGCGCUGCGGGACCCUGGUGCCAGCGGCACGCGGCUGCACGCCGGCGCCGGCCGCUCCGCCCGCGGCAUUCCCCUCUCCUGCCACGCCAUCCUGGUGGAUCAGGAGCUGGAGGCCGAACUCAGCGACUCCUCGGGUGAUGGGCACUGGGGACGGGAUCACCACGAGGGUCCCCGCACCCGACAGCACCCCCCCGCCGGUGCUCGCCGUCCUCCCCGCAGCUCCUAUGGCGACUUUGGGGGCACCCCGCGCCCCAGCCCUGACCGUCGGCGCGUGGUUUCGGCGCCUGGUGGGGAAGGGGGGGACUUUGUAGAGGGGCCGCCGUGGCGCCCUGAGCAGCUGAACUUCAAUGCCAACAACGGCACCCAACGCCCCGGUGCCCACCUCAAGAGGAACCACACAUUUAACAGCGGCGAAGCGCCGGCAGGUGGCUAUGGGCAGCACGGCACGGCACCACGGGCACCCGGUGCGGGACCCCCCCGGGCACUCACGGACCUGCACCACCUCCUGCGCUAUGGCAUGGAGCGGACUCCCUCGGGCAAAUAGAAGCUCGAUGCCAGGCUCCUGCAUUCAGGCGCUGCCACCGUGGACGUUUUCCUCCGCCGUGCCGUGGCACGGUGCCCCAGCUCUGCGGGGAUGGGGCUGAGAUGCUGCAUGGGGGAUUGGCAGCCCCUGGGUUCCCAUGGGAAGGGUUUGAGGUUUUUCCUUCCUGCCCCCGGAGCUGCACAGAGUCCCUGCUGUCCCCGGCUGGCACGGGGCAGUGCCCCAUGCUCCGGCUGCUUUGCACAGGCUCUGAGUGUCUGUCUGCCCGGUCCCUUCCCCAGGCUGGUCCCAGGGACUGCUGCGCCUUGGGCGGGACUCCCUGGGAGGCAGCAGGAUGGACACACAGACAUGGGCACAGCUGGCGCAGAGCAAAGCAGUGCCCUUUGCCCAGAGCCCCUCAGUCCCAUCGGCUGUGCCUCGGCAUCUUUAGGUGCGUGCCAGCACCCUGGAAACACCCAGCCAGGACAGCACCCAGCAGAGGAUGCCAUCAGGUUGCAUCGUCUGCCAAGGACUGGGCAAAACCUCCACUACCCUCACCUGGUACCAGCGGUGAGCUGUCAUCUGUCCCCUUACACCUCCGCUCCCACCGAGAUCCCAGCAUUCCAUUCCCCUCUCCUUGAAAGCACAGCUGGGCACUGGGAUGCAGGAGGCUGGGGGAUCCCAUCAGACCCACUCUCUGCUGGCAAAGGGUGCCCUUUCAGUGCCACCCAGUUGCAGGUGGCACGAGGGACAGUAGGGCUCUGCAGGACCGCAGGGCUGGGUGCAGGGAUGUGGGCGCUGCAGGUGCUCUGCCCCCUGACUGCAGGGUGGAGGGCAAUUGGUCCCAUGCUGUAAAUAGGGUGCCGGGGCACCGCGGGCACCCCAUCGCCCCGGGGCCGUUCAUGCAUGCGACAGCGGUAACGUCUCUGUAUAACCCCGGAGCCCCGCAAUAAACUUCUGUUUACAAGAGGUGAA